GGGCGCUAGAUGCCAGUUGACUGUAGCGGCCGUCAACGCGUUCAGUCUGAACUUAGUAGCGAAUUAGAGCUGCCGGCUGUCACAUGCAGCCAGUUAUCCUGUCGACGCUUGGCGGUGCGUCGUUGCGUGUAAGACGCGUUCGAUUGUUUAAACCGCUAUUUUGUCUCCCUUUUGCUUUUACUAUUCGAUUUUUUGAUUAUAAUCGGUUCGAAUCGACCAACAGAAGUCUGAUUAUCGACAUGACAUGCAUCGGCACGCGAUGGCAGUGCCGUAGUUGCGGUUGGAAUGGAACAGGACAAGGCCGCGUAGGCGCAUCGUUAUGAAAGGAAGCAGUCGUCCGUGAAUACAAACUGAACGUCCUAUCUUGACAUUAUAUACAUUUCACUCUGAAGGAUUGAUGAACUUCGGUUAUUAAAUGUUCAUAUGAAACACAGGAAGUGUCAAUUAUCGAAAGGCGUUGUACAUUUGAGGUAAGAGGCAAAAAGGAAACGCUUUUAUUCUGGAUCCUAUUUCAUACAAGAUAUUUAGGGAAUAAAAGAUUGGCACUAUUCAAGAACUAUUAAAAGAAAAAACGCAUCAAAUACAAGGAACAUACCGUCUAUCGUGUGUCGUUAAAACUACCUGCAUGAAAGAAGUGAAGUUCAUGAAUGUAUUGGUGAAAAUUGGGGAGGAUCGUUGUUGGUGACGACAAAGAGGGUGCUUCGGUAUCAGUAAUUGUGAAUAGAAGGGCAAUCCUUGUCGCAGUGAAAAGUGAACAAGAAAGAAAAAAAGAAGUAUAUAAAGCCUGGUAUAUAUCCGUCGGCACAGCGUGCCGGCAUUUUCAAGUGCUAGUAACCGUGGACGCGGUUACGUAGCCACCGUAUAAGCCGCGCGGAGUUAGUUAGUGCGUGAAUGUAUUGGAAGCAGUGGUCACGUCUUUCUCGUCGUCGUCACCGUUGUGAUCGCCGUGAAAACGGUGUUACACUGUGGAAAUUGCCAAAAACGCUACAUCAUCGAUGGCCCGCGCGAUUUUUCAACGGCAUCCGUGAUCGCGGCACGAUGGAAACGUCGUCAAGAAUGCGGCGGAUGUCAUUUACUCGUCCCAAAAGGAUGGCGGGCUUUCAGAUUAUCAUUCAAAUUGAUAGGUACGAAAGAAUCGAAUAAUCACAAAACGAGAGAGAAAGAAGACAUCAAAGUAGUGAGGUGAGCUAGGAGUCCUGGAGGUUAGGCCUCCGAAUGUUUAGGAUUUUUGCUUGAAAAUGAACUCCAUGAUAUAUACCCUCUACGGGUUUGCGAUAUUUUUCAUGAUAUUCUGGUCAGUGAUGUGGAUUGUUCAUGUACUGGCACUGAUUGCUGGUCACUGGAAACUACAUCGUAAAAUCACUCAAGUACCAACCUACGAAACGCCCUUACCCGGUGUAUCAAUCAUAAAACCACUAAUGGGCGUUGAUCCGAAUCUAUUCAGUAAUUUAGAGACAUUUUUCACCAUGCAAUACCCACGUUACGAGUUAUUAUUUUGUGUGGAAGAUGACUCGGAUCCUGUGUUAAUGUUAGUGCGUAAAUUGAUUGAGAAGUAUCCAGAAGUGGACGCAAAACUUUUUAUCGGUGGCUGUAAUGUAGGUGUAAAUCCAAAGAUCAACAAUAUGCAACCAGCAUACGAGGCGGCCAAGCAUGAGUUUGUGUUGAUCAGUGACAGUGGUAUCAAGAUGAAAGAGGAUACGCUCUUGGAUAUGAUUAAUUACAUGACUGACAAUGUUGCAUUGGUACAUCAAAUGCCGUUUACCUGUGAUCGUGAAGGUUUUGCCGCAGCAUACGAAAAAAUCUUUUUUGGUACCGUACAAUCGCGUAUGUAUCUUGCCGCCGAUUUACUUAGGAUAAACUGUCAUACCGGUAUGUCAGCUUUAUUGAGGAAAGCGCCAAUUGACGAGGUCGGUGGAUUAAAGACGUUCGGUGUGUAUUUAGCAGAGGACUUUUUCUAUGCAAAGUCAUUGACCGAUCGUGGUUGGCGUAUCACAGUGUCAUCGCAGCCAGCGUUACAAAAUAGCGGUCAUUGUGAGCUACAUUCAUUUCAGGCGAGAUUACGAAGGUGGGCAAAACUGAGGGUAGCUAUGUUGCCAACCAUGAUUGUUCUGGAGCCACUUAGCGAGUGUUUAGUAUUAGGUGCCUGUGCUUCCUGGGCAGCCAGCGUACUUUUUGAGUGGGACUCCCUUGUUUUCUAUUUAGUACACAUACUUUUGUGGUUCAUGUUCGAUUGGACGCUAUUGAGCGUCGUGCAAAAUGGCCCAUUACCGUUCAAUAAGUUAGAAUUUGUAUGCGGAUGGUUACUGAGCGAAAUCACCAGGCCUUAUCUUUUCCUUCAGGCAGUUCUAGAUCCUCUGAUACAGUGGCGAUCGCGCGUUUAUAAGCUCAGGUGGGGUGGAGUCGCAGAAGAGGUUAAGGCAAAAGUGAAAUAUUGAAAUAUCGUGAAAAAUACGUUCUUAAUUUUUUUCUUUUCUUUAUUUCUUUUCUCUUUUUCAUCAUUCUUUCCUUGUUUUUUAUAUGUAUAUACAUUCAUAUACAGAUCAACAUCCACAUCAAACUAUACGCGUGGGUGUUUUGUAAUAUCUGAUAUAUUAUGCUAUUACGCAUAUAGUACUUAUUACGUUAGGAUGAGAAAAAAAUAUAUGUCAUAUACACAAGAAAUGUAUUAAACAGAAAUAUCCGUGCGCGCGUGUACACAUAUACGUACAUAUAUAUGAUAUGUUUACAUAAAAUAGUAAUCACGACAUGAGUGUAUGCACGUGCAAAGUCAUUUUUCAAUUAUUCUGCAUAUCAUCUCUGCUGGUUGAUUCUUAACGGUAUGCUUAUUUUUUGUGCAAUGUUCUUUGGAAAAAAUAUAGCAUAAAAAAAUAAAACAUUUUUUAUUUAUGAUAGGUUAGAAAAAGAAAAGAUAAAGUAAAUAAUAAUUAAUGUACAUAUAUAUAAUCUUAUUUUUUUAAGAUCAUUGUCCGAAACGGAUAAUCUUUAUUGCAGUCGUUAUUGCAGUAUAUUCAGCGCAAAAUUAUUGAUACAUUCUAAUGAAAUGAUUUCUAAAAAAAAAAAAAAAUAUGAUUGCGCAGGUUUCGCGAUCAAUUUAAUAUUUUAUUGGUAUUGUCAUUAUCAGAAUAUUUUCACGUUCGUUAUCUUUAUUAUUGAAGUAUUAAUGUUAAUAUUGUUUUUGAUUUGUAAAUAAAUGUUUAUUUUUUUCAAUAUUUGGCAUUGAAAAUUAUAUAAUAAAGAUAAGAAAUUUUUAAUGAGAAAUUUUUUAUAAUUAAAUAAAGUAUCGAUAUUUUUCAUUAUAAACAAAAUUUGAAUUGAUAAAAAAAAUUAGAUUCAUUUUCUUUUAUCAUUUUCGAGCCAAAGAACGGAAAGAAAUUUUUACUGACAUUUUUGUUUAGUGCCGGAUAAAUGUCCAUUUUCAUUUCACUUAUAUAUUAUUGAACAUAUAUAAAAGAAAAGAUAAGAAAUACAAAAGAAAAGAAAUAAUACUUCGUGAAAAAAGAUAUCAAAUUAUAUCAAAGAUAUAUUAUAAAAAAAAAUUUCAAAAUUUAUAAGAAUUGAAAAUAACAUUCAAUUAAUUUUCUUGUCUUUUACAAGAAAAAAAAUUAUCGAUACAUAGUCUAAGUCUAAUUUAACUCCGCUGAUGCUGCAAUUUAUCGUUUACGUAACGUAUCACCUACAUAAUAUAUAGUACAUAUGUCCAUGUGCGUUUAUUGCAUAUAUUCAUAACACGCUGAUCAAUUUCAUUGAUUGGUCCUUAAUACUGAAAAGAUUAAGAGAUUUUGAAAAGUCUAGUCUAUAUAAAUAAUUCGAAAUGAAAUUUCACUGAUUGUGAGCGUCUGUGGUACUAUCCAGUUUAAAGAUAAGUGUUAUUUGCUUUUUUUCUAUAUUCUUUACUCGUCACGAGUUUCGCGAAAAUUAUAAACUUUGCAACAUUUCAAACGAAAGUAUCGACCCUUUAUUCUUUCUUUAUGAAUUAUAAGAAUUGUAUUUGUUUGCGAUUAUAUUGUUUAAUUAUAUUGUUUCCUUCUAUUGUUUCACAUAUUUUAAUUAUUUGCACAAAAUGCAAUCAACAAAAAUAGUUUUCUCAUGCUAUUUAAUUAAAGAUAAAAUCAUAAUGCCAAGAUUUAUUUAAUUAAAAUCUUCUUGCGUUUAGCAAAGUCACGUUGGCAAUAAAAAUGACAUCUAGUUUGAAAUUAUUUAUUUUAGUGCAUUUAUAAAAAUUAACUAUGUUUUUAUUUCUAAUAAUAUAAAUACAUAUUCUAAUAGGUAAUUUUAAUGAAUUGUGACAAAAAAUAAUUAUUCGAAAAUUAAUUAAUAAAAUAAAAAUAUGAAUUUUUUAUUUAUUAUCUAAGAAAAAAUGAAGGGUGAAUGGUCGAGAUAAUAUGAAAGUCUAUAUAUAUAUCAAAAGAUGUUACAUAAGCUUAGGUUUGUAUUUUCCGCUUCUCAGUAUUUUUAAUUAAUUAAUUUUUAGUGAAUAAAUUAUUUAAAAGAUAAAUUAUCGAAAAACGUUUGACAAAACGUCUUUCAUUAAUUAUUAUUGUUAGGUUAGGAAAAUGUAAAUAUAGACAAUGCAGACUCUUCCAAUUCGCGGAAGAAACAAAUUUAAACAUAUCUAAUGCCGUAGAAUAUUAUCGGAUUUGAUGAAAAGUUGCAGAUUCAGCAAGUUUUUUUGCGCAAGGAGUGAAGCGGUGUCGCUUAACGAUAAAAAUGAAUCUAAAGCUUUUGAACCCUGACACUUUCAUCAGUGAAGUGGUCAAUUAAUUGUGAUAUUUAUACUGUCCCGUUCCACUACAGGACCAAUAACUGUUUAACCCAUGCCUCGUCAUGCUUAAACGAAAUAGUGUAUGCGUUUAAUUAACAGCAAUUGCAACCGUACGAUUUCGACUAGAUGGGAGCCAUUGUGAUUUUUGGACCGUAAUAGCCUGUAAAUGAUCAUUAUAGACUAUAUGUUUAAACUCGACGUACAAUUCGAUUUAGAGCUUGUAUUUCAAUUCGAUGUAAUUUGAAGUAGCUUCACGGAGUGAAACAUCCAAUAUUCGAUUUUAGAAUUUUGACAUUUUGUAUUAAAAUUUCCUAAAGUUCUUCAUUUAAUUGUAUAUACGAGUUCGUAUUAUAGGUUGAUUCAACAAGACGCGACUAUGGCAAAAAUAUCGAUCAAAAUACGUACACAAAAAGUUUUUAAUACGAAGAAGUCAAUAUUUUCUUUCUUGCAAUUUUCUUACAAAUAUUUGAAAUACCCAUAAGAAUAUCACUAUUCGAUAAUUUAAUUUCGUACCAUAACCUCAUUUAUUCGAAUAAUAAAAUUCCUGUAUCGUGUUACUCACCGUAACCUAAUAUUUACUACUCGACAAUUUCAUUUCGUUAAUGUAAAAAAUAAGAGACGAGAAACUUUCAAAAAGUUUUAUUCGAAUCGAUAAUCGGGAUUGAAUCGAAUACCGUUUAUUUUCGUGCAAAGAACUCGUUGACUCGCGGAACGAGGGAUCAAUUGUGUCAGUUAGAUUUCCCCUUGCGAAUUACCUGGUGUUUUCAUCCCGAUAGAACACGGAAUAUCGGCUGUCCAAAUCGUUUUUAUUAUGAUUUAUCGAAAGUUAAACGAUUAUUCCUUCCUUCCUUUCGCCAUCGAUUCGCAUAUAUUUUCCAUUCGAUAUUUCCCAAACGAUUUAAAUUUUCGAAAUCACCAUUUAAUUAUCCAUAAAAGCACGUCAUUUUUAAAAUUUACGAUUAAAGAAAAGAAAAGAAGAAAAAAUAGUUAAAAAAAAAAUUGUCGAAAAUAGGAAUAGUGGAAGAAAAUGUAUGUCGUAUUUUUAAGAAUAAAUCAAAUGGAUUAGAUUAUUUCAACGAAAAAGAAGGGGGGAAAUGGGACAAUAUCAAGAAUGAUCUCGAAAUUUCUGGAAGAUUGCUUUGCGCAAAGAGAAGUUCCUUUUAGAAUGUAUCGUGUUAUCUUCUUGGAUGCGAUUAAAAUUUAAUUGAAUCGACGUAAAUUUUACUGGAAAAGCGAAAAGAAAAUAACAUUUAUUCAUAUUUGAUUCAUGAGAAUAUAUACAUAUAUUUUCUCUGUAUUAAUGAUUAAUCCAAAUCUUUUAAAUUGUAUAAUUGUAUUUUACAAUUAUAACAAAAUCUCAGAUAUGGCUUAUUUCAUAUGAAAUAUAUUGUGAAAUUUUUUUUUUAAUUUAUUUUUAUAAUUUUAACGUGCUGAUUAAAAUAGAAAUCAUUGUUUCUACAUUUUUAUAUAUAACAAUUCGAAAACAAUAGAUCAUGUCCUAUGUAUAUACGAAAGAUUCUAACGUGUCAUUCCAGUCAAACAUCUUUUUUUCAUUACAAAAUUUCACUUACUUUCUAUUAAUUAUUGAAUAAAUACCAUUCCCUGAUAAUUUAGAACGAUUCAAAUUACAAAUGUAAGCCUAAACGAAUUAUCUUUUAUGGGACAAUAUGAUAGACUGUAUAUUUUUGUAUACAAAAUAUGCUAUUUGAAAUCUUUGUUUAAGCGAAUUUUAUUAACUGUUUUAAAAGUUUCGUGUUCGAUGAUAUCACAGCUGUAUUAAAUUUCCAAUAAUCUUAUCGGAGACAAUAUUCUUUUUAAUAUCCUUAUCAUUUGCACAUAUUGCGUAAAGAACUUUUUUCUAUCGUAUAAUGAUUUAUUGAUCGUAUCGAUCGAUAUAUCUAAUCCCUAAUACUUAAUGCCUAAUCUUAAAUAUAAUCUUAUCUUGACUUCAAAAUGUGUAAUUCAAUUUUAUAAUCAAUAUCAAAAUUAUUAUUAUAUUACAUUAUUAUAUCAUUAUUAUAUAUUAUUUUAUUUAAAAUUUAGAAAAAAAAUGUCAUCCAUAUCCUUGUUAAUUUUUUUUUUUUUUUUUUUUUAGAAACUAAUAAAGAUAUUCCAUUUAUUUUUCCCCCUAAUUUUAUAUUUCAAAGAAAUUAAUUUUAUAUUUUUUUUUUUUGGUGACGAUAAUGAAAGAUUUGUUGGUGUUCUUUCCAGCAAGAUUAAAGGAAUGCUAAAUGAAAACAUUCUUUCCACAAACUUAGAAAAACCUGGACUUGAAGUGUCAUUAUGCAAGUGCGUUUAAUGAAGGAGCAAUAAUAACGGCUAAUACAACAAGUGGCCAUCAGAUGGCAUUAUUUUUCUUGCAGUAGAAAAGAUUUUCAGUAUUUUUCUUAUGGAAAUAAUUUAUUGUUUCUUUUUUUUAUUUUUUUUAAUUUAUUUUUUAUUUUUUUAUUUUUUUUUGUAAAUACAUUUUUCGUGAUCGAAAAUAGCCAAUCAAUAUUUCAUGUAAGAUAAUGAGACUAAUUUUAUUUUCCCUCAAUGAUUCACUAUCUUUUUAUUUGAACCUAUCAUAUAAAUUAUACAAUGACGUAUGUUCGUGAUUCAUAUAGACAUCUAUAUAUUCUUUUAUGUAAUACAAGUUUUAUCGUAUUUAAUGUUUACCUAUAAACAAGGUCAUCGUUGUUUUAUACGUGAUGGAGAUUUCAAAUAAUUUUAAAAAGUUUUAAAUUAUCUCUUGAUAUUAUCUCUUUUCCAACUUCUUUUGAAGCUCGUCAAUUUUUUAUAAACAAGAACACUAAGUUGUUUAACAAAACAAAUUUAACAAAACGAACGAAUAAGUUGUGAAAAAUUUAGUGUAGAACAUCUUUUACGGAGAGACAGAGGACGACGCUGAAUAUGUCUAGGUUAAUAAUAAAUUAACGUGAUACAUAAUAAUUGUGUACGCGUUAAACAGUACCAUGACUCACGGCGUGAAAUCUCUCACUUCCCUCUCUUUCUUUCGCUCGCUUCGAUAGAUAAAAUAUCUUUCAGUACUUUUUAAAAUAAUAUUAGCUAAAAGAUAUUUCUGAAAUUCGUCAUAAAUUGCACGCCUUUUAGAAAUUUAUUCGUCUAGUCAAUAGUAUUUCAAAAAAUUUUUAAUUUAAAAGGUUAAAUGUCUAAAUGACAUUUCGCUCGGUAAAUUAGAUUUUAUAUUAAUUAUACUCGUAAUAAAUGAGAGCAGAGAAUUUUUUAAUUGUGAAUAUCACAAACUUUUGAUGACAUCGAUUAUCUUUAUACAUAAAAGAAUAUUUUAUAAAAUUCUAAUUUCUAAAUUUUCGAUUCUUCAGAUUCUUAUUUUUGAGAAUGAAGAAAGAAUUUUUUAUUUUAUAUUAAAAUAAUUGAAUACUUUUAUAAUUGUAAUCGUAAUUAAAAAAAUAUAUCCACAGUUGGUAAUAUCCACAAUUGAAAAUAAUUGUUAUAUUUUGAUGAAGUACACUGAGGAAAUUACGUGUAAUUAUAUAUAUAAUGGAUAAAAUCAACAAUUUUUUUGAAAACAAGUUAUUGUUGAACAAUAAUAUCUACUAAAUUAUCUUUAUCAAUUCUUUGUCGACUCACCUCCUCGUAAUACAAUCAUGUUACACACGUAAGAAUACUUGUUUACUAUCAUUACAUAAUUGAAUGAAUAUUUUCUCUGUCGUCCGUAGUUCAGUCUUUCCACCAACAAGUAUCGCAUGAUAAAAACACCUGACAAACACCUGGUCAAUCCUGACUAACGAGCAAAAGUCGGAAAUGCGGUUAUUCCAUUUCGUGACAAAUAAAAUUUAACAGAUCAAAUGAAAUCAUUUUCAUGUUAUCUCGAUGACUAAACAACGGAGAAUUUCGUGACAUCGAUUUUAUUAUCAAUUCCUUCCUAGUAUUUUAUCAUCUACAAUCGUUAUUUCAAGCUAAUCUCCUCUGAAUCAUAUCUAUGAACAUUCGGAUUAAAAAUUAUUUAAUCAAUUUAAAACAUCAAAUUCAAUGUAAAAUAUUUUAUUAAAUUGAAAUUUAAUAUUUAUUAUUAAAUUUCUCGUUAUUGAUAUUAGCACGAAUUGAUAAUUUUAAAACGUAUACGUACGAAUCAAACGUUCGUUCAUAAGAAGUUUAACUAUUUAAAAAAAGGUGCGGUCUUGGAGAAAAGUUCGGCUAACGACGUCGUAGAAAUUGCUUCGAGCAUUUUUUGAAUGCGAAAAAUGUUGACACUGGGCUGACAUUUGGAACUUUCAUUGAAGAUGCUGCGCAGUUCAUUAAGCCUUUCAGAGGAUUCUUCGAGAUCCAGUUCCGAUUUUGAACACUCGAAAUAAAUGACCGAAAUUGUUAUGCAAAAAAAAAAAAAGAAAAAAAAUUAAUUCUGUCCAAGCGACAGCGUAGAAACAUGGGCAAACGAGCAUUCGAUUCGCAUCGUAGCGGAUGAAUCAUCGAAGGGACACGCCAGACGAUGAGAACAAUACGAAGAGCAGGGUUGGCUCACUUAUAUAUGGGGAUAGCACGCGAAUCAAUUGAAAACAUACAUGCGUUCUAGUUAUUAGUUAUUGCUUAUUUCUAAUUCAAUUCGUUAUUUUAGUGAAAUCAAAUUAUUAUUUUGUUUAUAAUAUUAACAUAAUGCAUAUAAAUAAAUAAAUAGAUAGAUAAAACGAAAUAUAAGUUAGGUUAAAAUAUUUAAUUUAAAAAGUUACAAAAAGAAAAAAAUGAUUCGUGAUUGAAAGAAAAUUAUUUUUACGUUCUAAUUCUCAUUUCGAAAUUCGAAGUUCGUAGAUGAAAUUGGAAUUUCGUAUAUCGAGCACAUACCAGUUGUGAAAUUUCCCUUUCUGAGAUCUAUGUAUAUCUCAACAACGCGGCAACGUUCAAAGUUUUCGAUGCGUUGUUUCGCGCGAUCGAUUUCAAGGUCCGUGGUUCAUUCUUCGAGAAGAGGAAGCUGACCUCAAGGUUCUUCAAGUGCACUGCACUCGAAAACACUCGACUCUCUCGGUUUAAGUUUGUGAACUCGCCAUCAUUGAUCUCCGUUCGAUGAAGAAAGGCCAUUGACCGAUUCGAUACUAUUCUGCCAUCUAUUUCGCGAAAAAAAUUGUUCUUUUUUUAACAAUUUCAUUGCUAUAAUUUUAUCGUGAGAAAUGAAUCAUUAAGAAUCGUGAAAAAAAUCAUUAAGAAUGGAGAAUACUUUAUACAAUAUGAUUAUGAUAUUUUAUUUAUGUUACAUUUAUUAUUACACUUAUCUUUGUGACCCUUAUUCUGUACGAGUUAUGUAAUAAUAAUUAUCGUCGACGAGACUUGUUUUAUCACGGUCGAUAAUAAAGGCAUUAUAUGUAUAUUUUAAAGUUUCAAAUUCACGAGUAUAGAUAUAUAUGAUAAAAUAUUGAAAAUUAACGACAAUUAUCUAUUAUUUUUACAUAUUAUUAAUAAAUCCAUUAAUAAAUAUGAAUUUAAAUUUAAAAAAGUGAUUAUAAAUUAAAAGUGCAAUUUAAUCUUUUUGUUUUAAAAGCAUACAUAUUUCAACAAAGCAUUAUCGAAGUGAAAGAUCGAGGCAAUGUUGAACAUAAAUAAAUUAUAUCUGGAGAACUUAUUCUAACUAAUUUUCUUUGUUAUUGAAAAAUUGGAACGGUAAUCAUAAAGAAUCUUUGAUCAGCUUUUCUCUCUUUUUUUUUUUCUAACUAUUCCAUUGACAUGAAUUUUUAUUAUUUUAUAUAUAUACAUAUAUAUGUAUAUUUUCAGUAAUGUGCAAUGAAAUUGAACAAAAGAAUUUAUCUUUCAUAAUAAAAUUAGAUUUAUUUUUUAAAUAUUGGAAUUUAAAAAUAUAUUAAUUUAAAAAUCUAUUUAUAGUAAAAUUUAUAUUUUAAAGUAAAAUUUGUUGCGAUAUUUCGCAAUAAAUUUUUAAUAUAGAAUGCGAAAACUGAUGAGAAUGCAGAGAAGAUAUGGACUGAAAUGUAUACGUACUCGUAAACAUCGACUGCAGUUCUGACUCAGACCUAACCUGUCUACUUAACUCAAGCAUAAUUCAUACGCAUAAUUUAAAGCAAGUAUAUUAUAUUUGUGCAUUUGGUUAAGUAUUAUUCAAUUUUUUUUCACGCAUAUAUAUAUAUAUAUAUAUUUUUUAUACAUUGAUUAAAAAUGUCACAUUACUUAACCUAAAAAUCUUUAAUUUAUUUUAUUCUUAUCUACAAUCGAAAUUUGAUUUGAUGCACGGUUUGAGCAUUCAGAUAUCGUGAACAAUCUGACAAUGAGUAUCACGUGCGCACGCAUAUAUGCAUAAUAUGUAUAUGACAUUAAUUAGCUAGGAGGAAUUUUAUGCGUUUUUAUAUAUUUGUUCUUUGUUACAUUUCCUUUUCUUUUUUUAAUAUAAUGAAUCACGCGAUUAUACCGUACGAUCGAUCGUAUAAAUAUGGAGGAUUUAGAACUUUCGAAAUUUAUUCGAAAUUAAUAUAUAUUUUUGUCCAAUGGACAUUAGUUAUCGGUCGAUAUAGAAGUGAUAAAAUUUUUUUAAUUGUGAUGUUUCAAAUUUCAUUUCGAAUAUAUAAUUUUUUCUUUUUGUGAUAUGAUGAUUUGAAAAAUCGAGUAUUUAUAUUUAUUUAUAUUGAAUUGGAACGAAUGAAAAAAAUUGAAAGGAUCAAUUUAUCACUUCAAUGAGACACUUAGACCAAUUUUCAAAGCUUGCAACCACUCUCUAAUGAUACUUCAAUAAAAAUUUUACAAACGUAUCUUAAAUGUGCUAAAAUGCAUUAUAUAGAAUUUUUUGUAUUUAUGUUUUUUCUUCUGUUAAUAAAAAUAAAAAAAAUGAAAAAUCGACCAGUAGUUCGUAAAUGUGUACGAUGGAAGAGAUAUACUUAAGAGAGAUCCAAAAUGUGGCCAAGCGGAAGCAGCUGUGAUCUGCUUAAAUAGGAUUUCCGCGCCUUAUGUAAUAUAUGUCAUCGCGAAACGUCGCUGCGUCGAUAGACAUACAUUUUAUCGAUUGAUUUGUGUUUGACCUAGUGGUGCGAACCGAUUUGAAUUCACAUACUAAUUUUUAAAGUUUUUACAUAUGUCCAAUUAAUUUGAUUUUAUACAUGUGUAUCAUAUACAUAUAAUAUAAUUAUUAAUGUAUAGUAUUAAUACAGAUAUUAUUAAUAAUAAUAUGAAAAAAAUUAUUAAUAAUAUCGAUAUCAUUAAUGAUUAUAUAAGAAUUUAUUAUAUAGAUAUGUAUAUACAUAUAAGAACGCAUCAAAGACUUAUUGUUAUUUUUACUUAAGUCUAUUUUUUUAUAGUGUUUUUCCUUUGGCGCCACCUGGUACAUUAUUUAAGUAUGAACUCGUUAGUCUAACUAGUCAUUCGUUCAAAAUUUCGUUCGCGUAUCAUGUCACUUCUUCCCGCGAACCGUUUUAAAUCUUAGGCGGAAUCAAAUGGCACUGUGUCCGGCCGAGGUUUAAAAGUUUAAAGGGAAACGACGCCCACGCGUUUUAUCGGACAAUUUAAAUGCUGUUUUGUAGUUGAGUAUAUCCAGGUCAGUAGGAAUGUCAAUACAAAUGUUUUAAACGCAAUUUUCAUGCUAAAAAUGACUUUUGUAUUUUGAUUUUUCAUAACCAUCGAAAUUCGCCAACUUUAAAAUGCAAAAAAAUUCAAUAAUGGAUAUUUUUAAUUAUAAAAUUAAUCAAUGAUUUAAUUUUAACGAAUUUUUUAUUUUAUUCUCACUUUUAUUUAAAAUAAAACAUUCCUUUGAAUAUAUUUAAUAAAAAUUUGAAGAUUCAAUUUUUCAUUGUUACUUCAAUUUCAAAAAAUACAUAAAUAAAUUGGAAUCUAUAAUUAAACAACUGAGAUAAUAAAUAUAUAUAUAAAUACAAAUAUAAUUGAAUUAAAAUUCUUCUAUAAUUUUAAUUUAAUGUCAGUCUUAAAAAAUUAUUUAAAAAAAAUAGAUGAAUAUAAUUCGUAUUAAAUCUAUCAAUCUUUGCUCAAUUGAUAAAUCGAGAAAUAAAUCGAUUCAUUAAUUUAAUGUAUAAUCGAUUGAAUUUAUCCAAUUUGAAUUUAUCCAAUUUAAAUUAAUUACGAAAUAAGAAAAUAAAAUAAGAAUGAUAGAAGAAGAAGAAGAAUAAAAUCGAUGAUGUAAAGAUUGUGAUAUAAUUUCUAAUUAGUUUUCCAAUUUGGCAAAUGUUUCUCUCUUGAACUUGUUCGCGCGCAAAUUUGGAUUAUCUAGAGAUUUCUUGAUAUAAUCCUAUUACCGUCAUUGACGGUAAGCCGCGUUAAGAGGAUUUCAAAUCGUGUUAUUACGCGUGUGGGCGUCCUGUUUCAUUGAACAUUCACGUCGAAAGACUUCCUUAAACGUAAUCAAAGAUAUCGUUGUAUCGCGCGCUUCAUCUCGGUUUGUACAUUCUUUCUUGGAUCUCACAGGCUGAAAACGUCGGUAGAACGUACAAUCGUUUUUAUCGGCUAUGUAUUUGUCUCGUAUGCGUGUGCUUAUGCUCGUUGCGCCAACUGGUGUAGAACACCAUAAGUGUCCAGUUUGCAUGAGUUUACCGCCUUCGAUUCGUUUGGAAAGGGGGGAAAAAGGAGAUCUCAUGAAUAUGGAUUCGGCAUUUGUUGAGAAGCAGCAAUCGAUGAUUCAUCGAUACUUUGAAGCAUGAUUCUGUAAUCUACGAGAAAUAUUUUUGCAUUUUUGCAGAUAUUUCCACUGCUGAUUGUUUUUGAUUAAAAAAAAGACUAUAAUAAACGAAAUGAUAAAAUUAAUCAUAUAUUUGACUGUCAAUAAAUUAACAAGUAAAAAUUUCCAUCAUCGAACAGACUGCUUAUCGAAUACAGAAAUAUACGAUAUAAUUGCAUUGAUAAUCUAUAGUAACGUUACGUUACAAGUGUUCAUUAUUCCAUAAUUAAAACUAUUAAAAACAAUUAAAAACUAUUUUUUCCUUUUCAUACUGUGAUAUGACUUUUCAUAAAUGGAAAAGUAAUAUAUAACAAUUUUUUUUCAUUCUUUUUUUUUUUUUUUUUUUUUAAAUAAUUUUACUCUUGUUCAAAACGCUAUAUAAAUAUGGAUCAUAUGCUAAAAUAGACUUACGAAGCACAUAUAAUCAAAUUCGCCGAAAAUUCGUUCGAAUUUUUCUUUCCAUCCAAUUUCGACGAAGCGGUAAAGUAGAAUGUUAUGCGUUACUGAUGCGGUAUGCAUAAAUGAGAGAGAAUGUUGCAGGAGGGUAGUUUCGAUUUGAAACCAAGAUGGAAACGUUCCACCGUUACAUUGAUUAACACUUUCGCUGCGAUAUAUGAAUCACUCGUGGCUUGUACAUUAGUCUUACUGUAAUUUUUCACUUUUAAUGGUAAUUCGCUAUACCUCAAGCCGUGAUGUGAUUUAUUGCUUAAGAUAGUUUCACAUGUAGUAACUAUUACCAUAGAAAUAACGCGACAUUACAAAAAUUUUCUGUAAAAAUCGAACAACAGGUAUCUUCUAAACAAACAAAAUUAUAAAAAUGUAUUCGUAGCGAAUGUGUUAAAUAAAAACGAACAAAAAUUAAUGGUGACCAUUGAGCAUAGUGUAUAACACGUACAGUACGUGCGCAUAUCCUGUAACCAUAGCGAAUCAUAAAAAACAGAAAAAAAAAAUGCUCAAGAGUGGAUGGAUUUGUACGCCAUUGGAAGAAAAAAAAAGAUAUAGAAUAAAGGAAAUGAUGAAAAAUGUUUGUAAAAAUUUAUAUUGUUAAUAAAAAAGAACAUACUUAUUACUUAUCUUAAUAAGUUCUAACGCUCUGCUAAAUUAUGCAAUUUUCAUUUAUCGAUAUAUCUACGUAUAUAUAAAUAAAUAUAUAUGGAGAUCUCAUUUUAUCAAACAGAAAAGUAUGCGGAAUUUUUUUAUAUUCAUAAGUUUUUUCUUAAAACUAAAAAAUUAUUCAUAGUUUUCUUUAAAACUAAAAAAGCUUUAAUGUAUUGAUUCUUUUUUGAUUUUUAAAUAAAUUUCUUUAUUUAAAUCUGUAAAUAAUGAGUUCUAAUGAUAAGAAAAAAACACAUUGCUCUAUAAAUUAUAAUAAUUCCGCGAGACUAAUUUCUUAAUUUUUUUACUGCCAAAUAAUAAAAGGUUGAGACAUCGCGAUCGAAUGUUGUACACUCUGUUGAGAAAAUCGAUAGCCGGAUGUAAUAUUCGAUAGUAAUGUACAUACGUAUCUACCGUUCGUUGGUGGUGCCUGAAAUGUGAAAUAUCAAUGGGAUUGCGUGGAUGUGCAUUGAGUGUAGCGCGCUGAUGCAUGUAUAUACAUCGUAUCUCUAUAUGUGUGUAUGUACAUGUACAAGUAUGUGCGAUAUUUGUAAGUAGGUAAUAUAAAGACUUAGGCGGACGUUAAGUUGUUUGCCAUGAAUGUGUGAUCUGGGCAUUAAUAAAUUAUAAUAAUUUCGAAUUUUUUAUAUAAAAAUUUUCCAUUUCCAAUUAAUAUGUAAAAUAACUUUCUUUUUAAUUUCAAUGCUCUAAAUUUUUAUAAAAUUUUAUUUAACGCUGCCUUUACUUAUAUAUCGAUGCUUUUAUAAAUUGUUUGUUUAAAAGAGUCGAAAAGUUGUAUAGAAAAAUUUGCGCAUAUCUAAUGAAAGUAUCAUAGAAUACUGUUUUACCGACACGAACGUCCGCCGAAAAUCGAAUGUGAACUUUUUUGCGAUUUUCUGUACAAUAUUUUUCCGCAAUUUUAUUGCACAUUCGAAUCGCACUCUGGCAGAGAAGAAAAAAAGAUACAUAAAAAAAAAGACUAAUGAAUAGAAAAAUAUUUCGACAAACUUUCAAGAUGUUUUUUCAAAAUUUUCGAUGUGAUUCUUUUAAGCGUAAAUUGUAAUGAGAUUGAAUGAAAAGAAAAAAGGAGCGCAAAUAAAGCAUGGAGAAAAAAAUGAACAAAAUGAUUACUCGCAGUAAUUUGUAUUGCGCGAAACAUUGCCAAUUAUAGUUUAUAAUAAUUUAAUCCAGUGCGUAUUAGGCGGAUUCAAAAUCAUUUAUCAUUUUACUGUGUUUCUCGAUCAUUGUAAAAUGACUUUAGAAUCCGCCCGUGUUCAAAGGAUGAUAUAUACAUCAUCAAAUAAUAAUAAUAAUACGUUCAAAAGAAUACGUUCAACUGUACAUGUUUAUUAAAGUACCUGAAUGGAAACCAC